CUCUUUCCAGAUGCAUGGUAUUGUAGAUUUAGCUAUAAAUAUAGUUUAGAUUGUAUUUUUCUUUUUGGGGCAUAUGAAUCCUGUUCCACAUGGUGACCUGAACUGUCAUAAGAGUGGAAUGGACAAUAAAGCUAACACUGCAAAGGAGGCAAGAAACACUGAAAAUGAUGAAGUAGAUGGAAGUGUGAUAUCAAGAUAUAGAAGAAGAAGAGGAGUCAAGGUUACUGGGAGAUACAUUCCUCCUUUAGAGUGGGAGAAGGUAAAUGCAUCCCAUUCUGUGAGUUCCUUGAAUAAUUCCUACUUUGAAAAGGUAUACGAUGAUCUGGAAAAUUAUUUUCAAGCAUCUGAUAUGUCUACUAAACUACUUCUCAAGAAUGAUAGACAAGGUUCUACACAAACGAAUCACAGAGGAGACAACACACGUAAAACAGAACAAGAAAAACAAAGAAUGGAACCGGUGGCAUCUACACAAGAUUUUGGGAACAUGCCUCAAGAAAAGAUAAAUGAUAAAAAAACUGAUGAUAAAAAUGCAACAGAAAAAUCUGGUGAAGAUGUGUUACCUUGUGGUUCUGCAAUAUCUAAAGAGACAUUAGAAGAGCUGAAAAUGUUUCUUAAGGAGAGUCCAUUAAUUCAUCAUAAAAACAAACAUAAUCCAAAAAUCAAUACCACCGUAACUCACAUAUAUCUUCCAAAACGUGUUGAAAACAUAACAGAAAAGCCUGGCUUAACUUUUGAAACAUUUCGACCACAUAUGGAAAGAGACAUCCAGAAACAACAAGCUGCAAACGUUUUUGAGGUAAAGAAAAAAGAUGAGAUGCUAAUUGAUCCAGUGCUGCCAGAUCCUGCAGGCUCACAGAAAGAUGAGCAAAUUAUAGAACAGACAUUUAAUGAAAACCAGAUAUUAAUACCUGAUCAAUUAAGUUUUGCCACAGGAUCCAAAUUUGAACCUCCAGCAAUUGAGUUUAUGGAUGAUCUACCUGCCAGUAGUAAAGAUGCUGAUCCGAGUGGCGAUGGAAUUGAGGAUUCUUUAAGAUUAAUUACCCUUGUUGAACGUAUAAAGCAACAGAUUGCGAGAGAAGAUAUACGAUUUGUCCGAUUUGAAGCUACUGAUCUUCACGGUGUGUCAAGGUCAAAAACGAUUCCUGCACGUUUUUUCCAGGACAAAGCUUUGAAUGGAGUUUGCAUGCCAAGAAGUUAUCUUGAACUAACUUUGGACCACAAAGGCAAUAAAGUAGACCACAUUAGUUCUAAACCAUUUAAUAGUGACAUUUUGUUGAAACCAGAUUUACAAACAUUCCAAGUUCUACCAUGGAAUGAAAAAACUGCAAGAGUGAUCUGUGAUUCAUUUACAUUUUUGGGCAAUCCUCUUCUUACUUCACCGCGAUAUCUAGCUAAACAUUUACUUAGUCAGCUACAGGAAAGAGGAUUUUUGCUUCAUUCUGCUUUCAAAUAUGAAUUUUGUUUAUUUGGACUUACUGAAAUUAUAAAUUCAAAGACAAUUUCAUACCCUGCUGCAACAUUACUGUCUGAUCACCAGAUGUUCAUGCAAGAAUUCUUAGAGGGGAUGUAUUACAUUGGUGGGAACAUUGAAAGCUUUUCACCUUCCAUUUUCCCUGGACAAAUGGAGGUUUCCUUCAUGCCUGAAUAUGGGUUGGCUGCUGCUGACAAUGCCUUCACUUUUAAAACUAGCAUUAAAGAAGAAGCUAAAAAACAAGACUACGUAGCAAGUUUUUAUACUGACUCAGUUGGUUUUUAUAAUUCUGGAGUUUUAUCACACAGCUUGUGGGAUGUUAGUGGAUCCAAAAAUGUAUUUCAUACUGGAUCUCAUGAAGAAGUUCUGACAGACAUUGGCGAAAAAUGGUUAUCGGGUCUUCUGCACCAUUCAGCUGCACUCAGCUGCCUAGUUGCUCCAGGAGCAGCAAGCCGCAAACGUUUCCUGAAAGAUGGCAAAGACCCUGACGGUAGCAUCUGUACCACUUGGGGGUCUAACAACAAUAACUUCACCUAUAAUUUUAAAUCCCAUGGUUGCAAUGGAACUUACAUAGAAAACAUGUUGUGUUCAGCCACAGCCAACCCUUACUUAGUUUUAGCUGCCACAGUUGCCGCAGGCCUGGAUGGAAUCAGGAGGGGCCUUGACUUAAUGAAAGGUGCUAACAACCAUACUAAACUUGCUGAACAGAAAGCACCCUCAAUACCGUUGAAACUAGAAGAUGCCCUGACUGCUUUGGAAGAGGACACAUAUAUGAGAGCAUCCUUGGGUGAAUCAUUCAUUCGCUAUUUUAUAGCAAUGAAACGGUAUGAAUUAGAGACAGAAGAGGGAGACACGGAGAGAAAUAAAAUCUUGGAAUAUUUUAUAUAAAUGAAUCAGGUCAAAUCUUAAUUUAUUCAUAGAGUUACACAUUCAAUAAAGUGUAAUUUACAUUUAGGCAGCAAAUCAGGUUUACAAACCUAAUUUUGAUAUUCUUGAAAAACGAUUUUUACUAUUUUAUAUCUAGUGAAAUGUUUAAUUAGCUUUUUUUGGUGCUUUUCUGGCCCGCUGCCAUUUUUACUCACACACACGUUUUCAUAGAGAGAUAAAAGGUUGAAUAAAUAAAUAGAAAGUUAUAAUUAAAU